AUGUGGUGGCUACUGAGAACAUUGUGUUUUGUCCAUGUGAUUGGAAGCAUAUUUUGUUUUUUGAAUGCCAAACCGAAGAAUCCUGAAGCCAAUAUGAAUGUUAGUCAGAUAAUUUCCCACUGGGGCUAUGAAAGUGAAGAACACGAGGUUACGACUGAGGAUGGCUAUAUCCUCUUAAUCUUCCGGAUUCCACGUGGGAAGAAUGAGAACAAGGGCUCACAGAACAGUGAGCCAGUCGUGUAUUUGCAUCAUGGACUGACUGUCUCUGCUGAUUACUGGGUUCUUGACCCUCCCAGCAACUGCCUGGCCUUUCUUCUGGCAGAUGCUGGUUUUGAAGUGUGGCUGGGGAACAGCAGGGGCACUAACAAUGCCAGGAAACAUGUGCGCCUAGACCCAGACUCUAAAGAAUUUUGGGAUUUUAGUUUUAAUGAACAAAUAGAAUACGACCUCCCAGCCAUCAUUUAUUUCAUUUUGAAUGAGACAAGACAAACACAAAUUUACUAUAUUGGCCAUUCCCAGGGCGUCUAUCUUGCUUAUGCGGCGUUUGCAACAAACCCACAACUGGCCCAGAAGAUCAAAAUCAACUUUGCCCUGGGCCCUGUUGUGAUCACCAAGUAUCUGACAGGUGUCUUUCGCACAAUUGCAUACAUUCACCCAACAGUGAUCAAGACCAUGUUUGGUGAAAAGGAUAUAUUCAGCAAAUCAAAUGCGAAUGACAUCCUUCGGUUCUUGUGCCAUCGGGAACAAAUUGCAACAGCUUGUACUAGUCUUCUAAUAGUGUUGUUUGGAUACAACCCCGGGAACUUAAAUGAGAGUCGUAUUGAUGUAUAUACUGAACAUAUUCCAGCAGGAACUUCAGUUCGAAGUGUACUUCAUUUUUCUCAGGGAAUCAGAUCAGGCUUAUUCCAAGCUUAUGACUGGGGCAGUGAAUCUCUAAAUAUGCUACACUACAACCAGUCUACUCCUCCAAUAUACAACAUAGAGGACAUGAAGGUUCGAACUGCUAUGUGGAGUGGUGAGAGAGAUCUUCUGGGAGAUCCAAAAGAUGUUAAAAACCUGGCAGCAAAAACUCCCAAUCUGAUUUACCACGAGAAGAUUCCUCACUAUAAUCAUAUGGAUUUUUUACUGGGUAAAGAUGCUGUUGUACAAGUGUACAGAAAAAUCAUUGAAUUCAUCAAUAGAGAUCAAUCAGAGUGA